GGCCCUUUUCAAGACUGUCUAUUAAAUGACGUCACCGUGUCAUGUCGACUGGCAGUGUACGCCAUUUUGGAAAGAGGAAAAAAAAUCACGGGCAAGCCUGGUGGCUCUGAUUCUCCGCUCUUUCGACCACUUUUCCUGUCCCGAUCGGUCGCUCUUCGGCGCGAAGGACGUCGCUCACAUAAACUUAGGAGAGGCCGACGGUGACGCCAGGUCUGCUGCGGGAGAAAAUAAGCGAUGGCAGGUGUCGGAGGAGGGAACGACUUCCAGUGGUGUUUUUCCCAAGUGAAAGGAGCUAUAGACGAAGAUGUGGCAGAAGCGGACAUCAUUUCAACGGUUGAGUUCAACUACUCUGGAGAGCUGCUAGCCACGGGAGACAAAGGGGGCAGAGUUGUCAUAUUUCAGCGAGAACAAGAGAGUAAAAACCGGCCUCAUUCCAGAGGAGAAUAUAAUGUCUACAGCACUUUUCAGAGUCACGAGCCGGAGUUCGACUAUUUGAAAAGCUUAGAAAUCGAGGAAAAAAUUAACAAAAUUAGGUGGUUACCCCAGCAAAAUGCUGCUCACUUCCUGCUUUCUACAAACGAUAAAACUAUUAAGCUAUGGAAAAUCAGCGAAAGGGACAAAAGGGCGGAGGGCUACAACCUGAAGGAUGAAGACGGCAGACUCCGAGACCCCUUUAGAAUCACGUCACUACGGGUACCGGUGCUGAUGCCAAUGGACCUGAUGGUGGAGGCCAGCCCUCGGAGGAUAUUCGCAAACGCACACACAUAUCACAUUAAUUCCAUUUCAGUAAAUAGCGAUCACGAAACUUACCUUUCUGCUGACGACCUAAGAAUAAACCUUUGGCACUUAGAAAUCACAGACAGGAGUUUUAACAUUGUAGACAUCAAGCCGGCCAACAUGGAGGAGCUGACGGAGGUCAUCACGGCUGCAGAGUGCCACCCGCACCAGUGCAACGUUUUCGUGUACAGCAGCAGCAAGGGCACCAUCCGGCUGUGUGACAUGCGGGCGGCAGCCCUGUGCGACAGGCAUACCAAGUUCUUUGAGGAGCCUGAAGACCCUAGCAGCAGGUCCUUCUUCUCCGAAAUCAUCUCCUCGAUAUCCGACGUCAAGUUCAGCCAUAGUGGCCGUUACAUGAUGACUCGGGACUAUCUGUCGGUCAAGGUGUGGGACCUCAACAUGGAGAACAGGCCCGUAGAAACGUACCAGGUACACGAAUACCUCCGUAGCAAGUUAUGCUCACUGUAUGAAAAUGACUGCAUUUUUGACAAAUUUGAGUGCUGCUGGAAUGGUUCAGAUGGAGCCAUCAUGACCGGCUCCUACAACAACUUCUUCAGGAUGUUCGACAGGAACACCAGGAAGGACGUCACGCUGGAAGCAUCCAGGGAGAGCAGUAAACCGCGGGCCGUCCUCAAGCCCCGCAAGGUGUGUACCGGCGGCAAGAGGAAGAAGGACGAGAUCAGCGUCGACAGCCUGGACUUCAACAAGAAGAUCCUGCACACGGCCUGGCACCCCAAGGAGAACGUCAUCGCCGUGGCGGCCACCAACAAUCUGUAUAUAUUCCAGGACAAAAUUAACUAGGGCCCACCAUGUCACCGGGCUGGUUCUUGUACUUGCAUAGUUAAGCCUAGGCGUUUAUCUGUAAAAGAGAGGGUCUUCUUGUCGUCCUAAUGAAGAAUUCGAUGCACUCGUCUUUUUUUUUCUCCUUGUGUAGCCGAAGGAGAAAAGGUGGGCCUGUUUUUUUUUU